UAGCUUCCCUUAGCCUUAUACAAGUCAUCAAAUUCCCUCAAUAAUCAAACAAAUUAUAUUUCCCCAAAUUAAAGCAAAAAAUUGAAUUUGGUCUUAUAAGAAAAUGGAUUCAUAUAAGAAUGAAGAAGAAACAAGUGAUGAUCAUAAUAAUGAUGAACAAGAAGAAAGUGGAUGGACAACUUAUUUGGAGGAUUUUUCAAUGGAACAACAUAACAAUAACAGCAUUAAUAAUAAUAAUAGUGAAAUUAGCACAUAUUGUGAUAGUUUUGGAAGUCCAUCUUUGUUGUCUGAUGCUGCUUCUCAUGUUGUUUGGAACAAUAAUCAUCAAGUCAUGAUUAAUACAAGUAAUUAUGGCUCACCAUUUCUUAAGAGAUUAAAUUUGAAGAAACCAAGGAACAACAAAAUCUCUGAUCCUGAUUUACAAGACACUGCUAGCUCACCUGUCAAUAGUCCAAAGGUAAGUAGUUUUAAUAAGCAGAUGGACAUCAAUUACCGAAGAGGAGACAACAAUAAUAAUGGAAAUUUUCAGGGAUUUGAAGGUAGCUCUAGACAACAUCAAGAAAUGGAAACAAUAGAAAAAAAUAGUAGUAUGUGUUUUGAUGAAAGGAACAAAAGUUAUAUGGACCUCAAGAAGAAGGGACUUUGUUUGGUUCCUUUGUCCAUGUUGGUCAACUAUAGAGGUUGAUGUUCAUUUGAGCUGCGCGUUUUCGUUUUAGAUACAUAAAGUAUGAUUUCGAAAGUGAUUUUGAUUUGUCAUAUUAAGCUCAACUAGUAUAUAAAAAGUCUACUUAAUUCCUUUCUCACUAUGUAAAAAUAUUUUUCAGUUUAUUUGUAAGGGAAAGAAAUGUAUUAGUUAGUAUGAAAUAGUUUCUUUUUUCAUCAUUACUCUUGUCAAAGAACCAAAAUAAGAAAGAUGGAAAUAAAUGAAAGAGGGAUUUGUAUAUAAAUUUGUAUGUA